AUGAAGCACCGCUUGACUCUCAUCGUCUCGGCGCCAUUGAAACCGCCACAAAUACUGUCGCCCUGUGUCCGGCAUGCGUGCCAUCGCAACCAGAAUCGGCGCGUGAUCAAAAUUGACAGCAGGUUGUUUUCAGCUUCGACACGGUCAUUCACCUUCAAGAAAUACACGAUCCCUCAAAACUUCAAAGCAGGAUCGAGAAUUGAUCAUCCGGCGAAGAUGGCCGGGGCUCCGGAAGCACCGCGCAAGCGGACGGCAUACAUCGCCCUGGGAAGCAACUUGGGCGAUCGUAUUGGCUGGAUCGAGAAGGCCUGCAACGAGAUGGACGCUAGGGGUAUUAAGGUGAAGCGGACGAGCAGCUUAUGGGAGACGGAACCCAUGUACGUGCUAGACCAGGAUAGAUUUGUCAAUGGCGCAUGCGAGGUUGAGACGACCAUGGAGCCGCUGGAGCUCUUAGAUGCGCUGCAAGACAUCGAAAGAGCGCUGGGCCGCAAGAAGCUCAUCGAUAAGGGGCCUCGCAACAUCGACCUCGAUAUCCUCCUCUACGAUAACCUCAAAGUCGACCAUGAGCGCCUCAAGAUCCCCCACAUCGGCAUCCCCGAACGUGAAUUCGUUCUCCGACCACUCGCCGAACUCAUUCCCGACAAGCCGAUCGACCCGGACCGGCCCUGGCGCGUAACAGCCGACUACCUGAACGCGCUCCCGCCCUCCAAGACCCCGCUCACCACCAUGACGCCCCUCUCCUCGCACCACCCGCCCAUCCAGGCCCUCAACCCGUCCCGCAAGACCCACGUCAUGGCCAUCCUCAACAUGACGCCCGACUCCUUCUCCGACGGCGGCCAGAACCUCCCCCUCCGGCCCGACAACAGCAGCAGCAGCGUCAAUACCACCACCACCGCCACCACCGCCACCGCCACCGCCACUACCGACGACACUACCACCACCACCACCAACGGCACCACCACCACCGACACCGCCACCGCCACUACCGACGACACUACCACCAUCACCACCAACGGCACCACCACCACCGACCCCAGCACCGCCCUCCACCAAACCAUCACCGCCCUCCUCGACGCAGGCGCCUCCAUGAUCGACAUCGGCGGGCAAUCCACCGCCCCAGGAACCCCCGAAGUCCCCCUCUCAGAGGAACUCGCGCGGGUGAUCCCCGCGAUCCAGCUCAUCCGCACCCGCUUCCCGGCGGCCUCCUCGCGCCCGGUCCUCAUCUCGGUCGACACGUACCGCGCGGCCGUGGCCGCCGCCGCCGUCGCCGCGGGCGCCGACGUCGUCAACGACGUGUCGGGCGGCUCCAUGGACCCGGACAUGCUGCCGACGGUGGCGCGGCUGGGCGCGACCGUGUGCCUGAUGCACAUGCGUGGCACGCCCGCGACGAUGGCCGGGCUGGCGGAAUACCCCGCCGCGGAGGGCGGGUUGAUUGGCGGGAUUGCGAGGGAGCUGGUGCAGCGGGUGAGGGCUGCGGAGGAGGCGGGGAUUAGGCGCUGGCGGAUUGUGUUGGAUCCCGGGUUGGGGUUUGCGAAGGUGGGGAGGCAGAAUGUGGAUGUGUUGAGGCAUUUGGAUACGUUGAGGGAGUGGCCGGGUCUGCAGGGGUUGCCGUGGCUGGUGGGGUCGAGUCGGAAGAGCUUUAUUGGGAGGGUGACGGGGGUGCCGACGCCGAAGGAGCGGAUUUGGGGGACUGCGGCGACGGUUGCGGCUGCGGUGCAGGGGGGUGCGGACGUGGUGAGGGUGCAUGAUGUGCGGGAGAUGGCGCAGGUUGUGGCGAUGGCGGAUGCGAUUUGGAGGUAUUAG